AUGUCCGGCCGAGCAGGCGGUGGAGGUGCUCGCAAGACGCUGCUUGCGCCAAUUCACUUCAUCUUCAAGCUUCUGCAACAACGAACGACGGUUUCUAUUUGGCUCUACGAGCAGUUGGCAUUCCGGAUAGAGGGAAAGAUUAGAGGAUUCGAUGAGUUCAUGAACUUGGUCAUUGAUGAUGCGGUGGAAGUGAGAAUGGCUACAAAGACUGAUGAGGAGAAGCGGAGAAGCCUGGGUCAAAUUCUGCUCAAGGGCGACAAUGUGUCUCUCAUCCAGGCCGUCCAGUGA